AUGCCUAAAAAAGGCGCUAAAAAGAAUAAAUUCAAUGAGCUGCGAAGUAUCUUUAUACACGAAAUCGAUAUAUAUAAUGCACUUUAUCAGUUAAAAACGGACAAAGAAGAAGAAUUAAAUGAUAUUUACAAAAUGAUCAAAACAGAAUUGAUUGAUUCGAAGAAAUAUCCGCCCAAUAAUAUUAUGGGAGACAUUUUAAACAUUAUUCCGUAUAAUAAUCGCUAUACAAAGUCAUAUUUAUCUCUUGCCAAACUCAUAUCUGAUGAUUAUCAUGUGGAAGAAGUCAGACGAAUUCCAAUUAUCUCUAACUACAUGUUUUAUAAAGAAUAUGGAAUUAAAUUAGACAAAUCUAAUGAUUUUGAAAAAAUUCAAACAGAAAAUUUAUCCAUUCACACAGAAAAUACAAUUUACAAAGCAAUUAUGUAUAAUGACAAAGAAACAUUCAUCUCCUUCACAGAAAGAGGUGGAUUUGAUAAAGAUCAAAUACUAAGAAACAGCUUUUUGUAUCCCAUAUUUUUUUCAUUAAGUCCUAGACAAGGAUAUUCAUUACUUGAAUUAUGUUGUUACCAUGGAGCAGUUGAUUGUUUCAAAUUAUUAAGAACAAAAUUUAACUCUGAAAUAACUGAAACAUGUUUACAAUUCUCAUUUUUAGGAGGAAAUCCAGAGAUCAUGAGUGAAUGUUUGAAAUCUCAAACGCCAAAUAAAGAAUGCAUGAGAUAUGCAAUUAUUUCACACAACAUUGAUUUUGUUACAUUCUUGAUGAAUGAACACAAAAUAAAGAUCAAAUUAAGUUAUUGCGGACAAUAUCGUAAUUUUGAAUCAUCUUUGGUUUAUUUGGAUCAAAUUAAAGAUAUUAAAAAAUGUUUUAUUAAAUCGGCAGUUCUUAAUAUUCCAUCUUUUUGCAAAUAUUUCCUUUCGCACGGUGCAAAGAUCAAUGCAAAAGAUGAAGAUGGACGGAUUGCUCUUUAUUUUGCAGCAGGAAAUAAUAGCAAAGAAACAGCCGAAUUUCUCAUUUCACAAGGUGCAGAUAUCGAUGUAAAGAUAUAA